AUGUUAUUGUUUAGACUUAAGAUUAAAUUUAAUUUUCGUAAGUAUUCACAAGCAGCUGCAUAUGAUGCUGCUAUUGCAAGCCAAAUCCAUCCAGUUGUCAACCAAAAUUUGUCGUUUGCAAAAAGCUUGUACAUUGGAAAUUUCGUAAAAGAUGUAUUUAUCAGGAAAAGAAACGAUAAUAUCAUUACCACAAUACCAAAGUGUGAACCAUUUUUUGAUAUAAGUGUACCUAAAGAAUUCGGUGGUUUGGAAUUAUCUUCAGCUUCCAUCUCGAAAGCAUACCAAAAUAUUGGAUUAACUAACUUUAAAAAUUAUAUUGUCCAUGGUAAUGUUGUUAAAUGUAUUGAUAAAUUUGGGACGGAUGAUCAAAAGAAGAAAUAUUUACCACAACUAGCUUCUGGCGAGUACACUGCCUCAUUUUGUGUAUAUGAAGACAAACAUGGAUAUGAUAUUCAAUUCACAGAAACUGAAGCUUCCUGUAAAGAUAAUAAAUGGUUUAUAAAUGGCACAAAAAAUUGGGUAGAAAAUGGAAACCAAGCAAACGUGUUUAUAGUUCUUGCUAAAACUAUGGAGGAAUGUAACCGACCAGAAAACAAUCAAAAUUUUUUCACUGCCUUUUUAGUAAAAAAGUCCAAAAAUAGUGGUAUUACAAUUGCAAAGGAAGGUGAUCGCUUUAAUGUUACAUUUGAUAAUGUUGAAGCAGACUGUAUCUUAGGAUCUGAAAAUGAAGGUAUGAUUCUUUAUUCAUAUUUGUUCAGUGCAGAUUUACUAGAAUCGUCUUCUGCUACUCUUGGAGAGCUAAAGAAAAUUGUCAAAAGUGCUUCUCAACAUCUUGAAGUUCAUGAUCGACGAUCUAGUCUAAUUAGAUUAGGAAAGAUAAAUAGCCAUUUAUAUACCAUGGACUGUGUUUUGGAUUUUACUAAUUUGAUAGUAGAUUCGUUUGAUUUUCAAAACGAUUACGAGUUAAUUCUUGCUCGCUUAUUUAUCAAUGAAACAGCAUUUAAUUGUUUGAGUUUAUUGAAUGAUAUAGGACUCCAUAAGAAGUCUUAUAAAUAUAUUGAAAACUCAUUGUUGUUUGAAGGCAGAUCUAAUAUACUUUCAUUUGUUGGUGCUCUCCUUGGUAUUCAGCAUGCUGGUUUAUAUAUGGCAGAAGAUGUGAAAAAAUUACGAAAUCCAUUAUUAUUUCCCAAGUAUACAGUGAGUCACAUUAUGAGAAUCCAACGGUCUUUGAAAGAUAAACCUAAAUUACAUCAUUAUGUUGAAAAAUACAUGCAUCCAUCAUUAAAGAAACAAGCUUUGGACUUAGAAUACUGCUUGAGCAGAUUUCAAUUUGCUGUUCAAAGCAUGUUUAUCAAUCUAGGUUCUGACACUUGUUAUUUUCAAAUGGUACUUGAGAGAGCCAAUAAUAUUGCUAUGAAUUUGUUUGUCAUGUCAGCUGUAUUACACAGAGUUUCACACAAAUUAUACAGUUCCAAUGCAAAGUUAAAUUCCACUGAAUUUAUUUAUGCUAAUGUACUCUGUAAUAAUAUUCGUCAACAAUGUAGUGAAAAGGUAACUGAAAUAUUGGAUGCUCCAGAUAAUGUUGUUGAUCCGCACUUCAAAAAACUUAGCCAAAAUUGUUUUGCUGAGAAAAAAUAUUACUUUGAACAUCCUUUAAAAAGAAAUAUUAUUUAA